GAACGGAAUGAACAAGAGGGAAGGACGAAACGAGCGCGAGGCCAAGCAGCCCAGCAGGAGACUUGCGGUUGUCCGUUUGCAUGCGCCGUCAGUCAUCUUGAAGCAAAACUCCAGAGCUUUCCGAGAGAUUUCUUUCGGCGCGGAAGUUGACGAAGUGUCGCUGCUUACAUCGUCAUUCGACCGACACCUGGGCUACGGAGAACAAACCUCGACGUUAUAUGACCGUCUGGCAAACAUGGCUGCGCGGAUUUCAAGGCGUCUGCUAGAUGCAGCCACUCCUUUGCCAACUGCGCCUGCAGGAACAGGCGCGGUUUUCCACAGCAGGUUAAUGCCUGUCAAGUACGCCCUGAACGGACCGAAGUGGAUGGCAGUCGUCGGCUCCGCAUUCGUAGGAGUCUUUUCCGGGCAUUUCUUCUACAAAAAUUUUAUCCUUAGCAAGAACCCCCCAAAUCCGCCACGCGACCCAAAUGAGAAGCCGCCCUCGCGCCACCCUCAUGCCCCUCCUGAGGACGAUUGAAGGCCUUUCGAUAUCCGAGCUGAAAGAUUGGAAGGUCGAGGGAAGGGACAAAGGAGAUAGGGCCGAGAGCGAGAGAGCAGAGCGGCAAGACAACAGGAGAGAGCGACCGUGCCUGGCUAUCUAGUUGGAGACAGGAGCGCUUCUCUGGGGGUAGUGAUUCAAUGAAAGAGCGUAUAUUGGGAUCCCUUCAUCUCCCUUUCGGUUCUUCAAUUUCUGAUUUUUUGAUUCUUUUAAAACUCAUCCUCAAGCGUUCAACAUCACACGCGGAGUUCUUGAUCUCAAAACUAUGCGGUUUCUUCACUCCCAACCGUUGCACGGGUGAUCUAUAUUCAUUUAUAAAUGAAAGGAUUUAUACGUGUGAAAGGCGUGAAAUAUGCAUGUUGCAUUUAUAACCAUGCAAACAUGUAUAUUCUGGUAUCUACACUGUCCGGGAACCUAUCUGUACAAACUGGACAAAUUCUCCUGGUCUGUA